CUAACAACACCACACAACCUUCUCUUCUCCUCUAGCUCUCUAGUGAAUUAGUUCCCUUAUUUCUCCAGGAAGAUGAGCAGGUGGCCGGGAGACUGGAACUGCAGCACGUGCCAGCACCACAACUUCAGCCGCCGCGACACUUGCCAGCAUUGCGGCUUCCCGAGGUCUGGUGGCGGAGGCGGCGACCUCCUCUCCGGCGACUUCGGGGGAGGCUCCUCCUUCGCCUUCGCCGCCGUCGCCGUCGCCGUGGCCGACGUCCGGCCCGGCGACUGGUACUGCUUCUGCGGCGGGCACAACUUCGCCAGCCGCUCGAACUGCCUCAGGUGCGGCGGCCUUAAGGAGUCCUACUCCGUCGGGUGCUUCGACGUCGUCGCCGGAAAUGACGCGCCGACAGCGCGGGCGCCUGCCGAAUGGAAGUCCGGCGAUUGGCUGUGCACAAGGUCUGGUUGCAAUCAGCACAACUUUGCAAGCAGGAAGGAAUGUUUUCGCUGCAAGGCACCAAGGGGAGGUGGGAUCGUGCAUUAAUAACUCAGAGGAGGAGGAGAAGGGAGAAAGAU